GUCCAACGUCAAAGAGUUCUCAAUGGCAGACAACAGAAAUAUCCGUUACCCAGGGCAACCUCCAGGAAACUUUGGCAUGAUGCCAAACCCUGGGAUGCCCCAGUUUCAGCAACCAGGUACAGGUAUACAGAUGAUGCCAAUGAUGCAUACAGGAAUGAUGAUGCCUCCUGGUAAUCGUAUGAUGGCACCGCAGCAAAUGAUGUUCCCAGUGCAGCAAAUGGCUAUGAGACCUCCUGAUGGUCCCCGUAUCGCCCCUCCCGCUUACACACAGAAAAUGGCUGACAGCUUUAAGCACCGGGCACCUAGCCACCAAGCACCAGGCCAGACAAACAGACCUGUCACAAUGUCUGCAGAACAACUGCGGCAACUAGAGGAGAAACAACGGAAGGAAAAACAGUUCCUAGCUCAAAAACAAAAACUACAAGCAUUUGGUCGCCCAGUUCCAGUGGAUGCAGAUAAGUUCUCUAAGGGACUUAUGGAGUCCAUGUUUGGUAAAGUGGACAGGCCUAAACCCAAAAAGGAACUUCCUUCAAAAAAAGAAGGUUUUGCAGAGCAAGAAGAUGACGGUUUUGGAGAUUUCAUGGCUGGUCCAUGUACUACUGUGUCAGCUCCUAUAGAAAACAUGGCAGCCCCAGAGACGCAGAGCCUACCACAGUCUUUACCCGAACCACCAAGUGGUGAAAAUCCAGCUAUCAGUCAAAGCAAGGAGGAGAAAAAAGAUUUGAUGUCCAUGAUGAUGGAAUGUUCAGACCUGAAGGCACCUAACAAGGCAAAAACAUUCCACCGCCCUGCCCUAAAGGAACUACCAACGACGACCCAGACCUACCACCACACUUUCCACCAGAGUCAACAGGCUCGCCAGUGGACACAACCAGUUGAGGAGCUGUCUGAGCUCUUUACUCUAGAUCCAUCCACACAGCCUGUGCCCCACCCAGGGCAACCCCCCCAGGGACAGGAGGGGGCCAAAUUUGAAAUCCCUGGCUGGUGUAAGGAGGAGGACCGAAUCCCUCCUGUAUACAAACAAGUGCUAGAGGCAGCCAUUGUGAAUGGCCAGAUUGCUACAGAACGUCUAUAUCCGAUCUUGUUGAUGAGUGGACUGAACAAGGAGACUCUUGGGCAGAUUUGGAACCUAGCCAACCGAACAACGCCGGGCCAGCUCAUCAAGGAGGAGCUAUACCUGAUGUUGGCCCUGAUUGCUUUUGCCCAGAACAACUACCAGGCCCUGACAAUGGACAUGCUAAACAAACUCCCACAGCCUCCCAUUCCUUUCCUUGGACAGCAGGGACAAGGUCCUUCAGGUCCCCCAGGUUCUCAAGGUCAUGGUCAUCCAGGUCAACAAGGUCAAGGUCCUCCGGGUCCUGGUCCUCAAAGUCAACAAGGGCAAUGUCUUCCAAUACCCCCCACAGCAGUUUCUCAACAAAUGGUACCUUCUCCUAUCAUCCAAUCAGGUACUCCGUUACAACAAGGGAUCCAGGUGCCAGUUAUACAGCCUGUGGUUGGUGUUGCUACAGCAGCUACCAUGGAGGUUUUUGUACCUAGUGGUGAUGAUGAUUUUGCUGAUUUUCAGGCUGCUGGACCUACUCCAAAGACAGAUACGUCUGUACCAGUCAUGCCCAAACAACCAGUCAGACCCAAAAAGAAACCUGAAAUUGAAUACCUGUAUGAGGUUCCAACACCUGCCGAGGCAGAGAGGAUGACUGGACCCAUCACUUCAGAAAUGACCUACUCCAACGUACAGAACUUCUUCGGCAGUGACGACUCGUCGGUGUCCGCUUCUCCCCAAAGACAGCUCCUCAAAGGUCCAUCAACUCCAAACAGCCUAGAAGCUGAUUUUGACGAUUUCAAGUCUGCGGACAGCAAACCUAGCGAUAGCAGUCAGUUCUCCUCGGAACAGUCUGAAAAUGAGGACUUCAAAGCGUUUGAGUCUUACCUGGAGGAUUUUGAACGGAAGAAACAGAAACAGCAGGAGAGUCCACUCCAUCGUCCAGUAUCCAAAUCCUCACUUCCUUUACCCAGCAUGCCUUCCACUGCAGUUCCCACGGCGAUCCCGGCCAUCCGUAAUUUGUGGUCAAAGCCUCAUGGUGAUGCUAUUGUAACUAGUGUACCAUCUAAGCCAUUACAAAGCUCACAGUUCCACACCCCUGACCUCGUGGUAGCUGACUCCACAGAAAAAUCUGACCAACAGUUUGGAAACUCACCCCCCAAAUCGUCCGAUUCUGAUUUUGCAGAUUUCCAGCAGGCGCCUGUUGUAGGAAACUUUUCAAAAUCUGCUGUGUCUAGGCUUACUGCAGAUCAUGAUCAGUUGAAAGCUUCAGGUAGUGAUGUCAGCUUGACAUUGAUCGGUGAGGAAGACAAAUAUGCAGCGUUGAGAUCUCUAGACUUUGGAUCAGAAUUGAGCACAGGAAAUGAGGCUGGUUCAGCAGAGGGUCCCAACCCUCCAGAGGAGGGUGCAGAGGAUGAUGAUGAAAACUGGGCAGAUUUUCAAGGUGUUGUUUUAGAUCAGGAACCAAAAACAGAGCCAACAGGGACUGAGGUUCCUGGUACUGAUUCAGGAAAGGAAAGUAUUUUAAGUCUUUUUAAUAGUGCACCACCCAUUACAUCAUCUGUUAACUCUGAUCAACCAAUGGAUGCUACAGUUACAAGUGUCACUCCACUGCCAUUAGACAGUAAUACAGAUUCUGAUUGGACAGGUUUUGGUGAGAGUUCUAAAACAAGUACAGAGGCUGAUUCUGGUUGGCCGGCAUUUUCAUCCAGCAGUACAUUUGGUGAUUCUGGACACUUGGAACCUGCUCCAGCAUUUGAACAAACAGAGACAGCGAGUGAUGACUGGGCAGACUUCCAAGGUCCCGAGGACGUGAGUAGUGCUACAACAGACAGCAGUUCGGGUGUUGAUAAGGAUGCUGUCAUCUCUGUGAAGAAGGAAGGUCUACAGUCAGAAGAAAUUCUCGGCCUAUUUAAGGUCAGAGAACCACAGAAUUUACCGACCGAUCUUAAAGAAGUGUAUACGCAAAAAACAGCUGUUAACAGUGAAUGGAAUCCACAGGUGGCUGCAUCUACCAAUACAUAUCUUGAUGGGGAAUCAAAAGUAUUUUCUGCAAAGGCAAAACGCCUGCCAUCAUUAGGUCCUGAAGAUGAGGAGGAGGAUUCCUUCAGAGUACCGCCUCCCAUGGACGACGACCAAGGUGAUGAAGACUUCAGUGAGUUUAGUCGUGGAUAUGAGGACAUGGAUAACUACCACCAACCCCAAACCAUGCUAGAUGAUGGCAGGAGGAAAUACCAUAUGUCUGGUGUGGGGGUUGUGUCCAAACCAGUGGUGAAGGAGGCAAAGAAGGCUGCAUCAAAUGCCCAGUCCAGGUAUGCUGACAUAAUGAUGCUGGACCAGACAGACGUGGAUCAAGGUCUCCCCAAGGACACACUGGACAUUGGUCAGGACCAGCUGUCAAUCACCAAGAGUGAGGACUCUCAGUCGAUAUCCAGUCUGGAGCUGCCGUUCUCUAAAAGUCGGCUACAGAAUGUCCUCGACCAGGACACGCAGUCUAUAUCUAGUAACGAGUACGGGAACUUUGAAACCAUUCUACCAAGGCAACUUAACACUCCGGUCAACAUGGAGUCCAAGUCUGUAGACAGUUUGGACCUGAUAAAGGAUGAAGGUAAUGGUGAUAGCAGUGAGGACCAGGGGUCUGGGGAUCGGUCGCGGGGAGAGAGUCCUGAGAAAGGCGCUGAGCUGAGUACCACAGAGGGAACCAAUGUAGAGGAGACUGCCAACGUUAACGACACUUUCCAAGCUUCGAUGCAGAAUACUUUACCAGUCCUUGGCGACCGAUACAGUAAUAUUCUACAGGACAUUCCCGGCAGUGACAAACAUUCCUAUGAAUGGCAGCGUUGCCUUGACAACAGUUAUCGUAUGAUCAAGGAUGCCAACAAUAUCUUCAACUCCAUCAGCAGUUCUGUGGUGUGUAACGAGGUUCUGAAGUCGGAGCAGGGGUCGGAGUACGUCCAGGGAGUCGUGGAGAUCUUCAGGGUUGUCUGUCGUAUCACCACGGCAAUGAAGUCACAAGGCCUGGCAACAGAUAAACUCAGCCAGCUGCUGAAGGACAUAGACCUAUCAUGGAACAACUUGACAGCUUUCCUGGUCGGCGGUAACCUAAUGCCGGACGACAACUCUCUCCAUUUCAACAAUGCUCUUUUGAAGUCAGAUGACUCGCUGUCUCAGAGGAAGGCAUGUGGGGUUUGUCUGUUGAAUGUGGAUACACUGAGUAAAAACUUCAAUCGUGAGGACGAGUGUCCGAAGCUAACGUACGGAGGACGUCAGUACCACGCGUCAUGUGCAAACUUCUGGGUGAACUGUGUGGACUCCACUUUACCGGCUCUCAAACUAACGGAGCUAUUGUGAUAGGAGUAUUGUUCAUGGUAUUGUUGAUGGAAAAAUACAUUAUUUUUUUUGUAUAGUCAAUAUAUUGAAUUUUAGUUUUUUCUUAAAAAUUUGUUGUGAGAUAAAAAGUGGGUCACAUUUUCUUUUUGCUGUUUUUGUCAACUCGCCAAGCCCCUAAAACAAUUCUUAAAUGACCCAGUCUUACAUGUCAUGUGUCUAUAUUUUUAUCCUCCCCAUGUUAUGUACUUGACGUGAGUUAAGCGUCUAACAUGUCCUGUAACCAUGACAGUACCUUUAGAAGGAAAAUUUGUCCAAAGCCAAAAGCUUUUAGAUGUUUGCUUGUUUCUCAGGCCUCUUAUAAUACUUUUGAACAUGCUGCAGUGCUAAUUCUGUCCUAAUUUUUUUUUUCAAUUGUGAAAAGAAUUCUGGAUAUAAAUACUGUUAUUUUGUUCAUAAAGAAGAUUAAACAAAACCUAAAAAGCAGAUAACAUAAAGCCUUUUUAUAGAGAGAAAUUAUUUUUAUGUUCCCCAGAGAAAAUGUCGGAGUAUAUGGUCAUAGUUUGUUCAUCUGUCCAUUAUUGGUCAGUUUUUCUGACUAACUGAAGAGUGGUCAGUGAAUUAUAAAGAUGGUUGUAGGAUGACAAGGCAGUGUGUUGUGUACCAAUAUUGAUUCUAUUUGCCUGUGAUCAAGGCCACAUUGAGGUCAUAGGUCAAAUUCAUUAUCCUGGCCAUAACAUCUGACUCACUUUAAAUAACUCAAUAAAUUUCAAUGAUAUAUGUAGGAGGGCAAGGUAGUGUGACACGUAUACUUGUAUUGGGGACUGUACACCCAAGGUGGUGUGACACGUAUACUUGUAUUGGGGACUGUACACCCAAGUUCAAGUUAUGUUGAGGUCAUUUUUUCAACUUUUUUCAAAUGAAGAGCAGAUCGUUGGUUGUUACAAGAUUGGAUCAAUUAUCACACAUAAUGAAAUUGAUUAGCCUACAUGUACCUGGUAUUCAGUUGGAUUUCAUCAUGAUAUUUCAAAAUUACUGAGACAUGGAUGACUUUCCAAGUUAAUUUGAUGUGAACCUUUUUGUAAAUCAAUUGGUCAUUCUCCCAUGUAAUCCCCCCCCCCCCUCUUCUUUCCCCUCCCCCACCCAUACUUCAUAGUUAUCCUAUAUGUGUGACUUAAUUCAGUCUCCUUUAUUAUUAUUAUAUACAAUGUCUAGGUUAUUCCUUAGAGCUUCUUGCAUUGUAGAAUGGGGGACAGAAUUUCUACAUUCUGGAACAGGUUUGUUAAACUAUUGAAUUGUGAGAAUGUUGAAAUGUGAAAAGGGGAUCUGACAUGAAUGCUGUAGAAAGUUUAUAUUUUAUAUAAGCAUUAAUCUUUACAUCAUGUGAUAUACAUAUAGCUUUCCAACCUGAGCCCCAUUGUUCAAAUCUAUAUUAGACUUACCAAUCAUUAAUGCAAAUUUUGAAAAUUCAAAAUUUAUAUUCAUUUUUGUAUUGUUUGGCAUCAGACAAUAAUUUGGAACCCCAAUACGUGUACCAUAGUUUAUUUUUGAAUUUCAAUAUUUUUGAGCAAAAUUACCAGUAAGUGAAAUAUUUUCAUGAACUCAUUCACCCUUG